AUGAAAAAAGAGUUAUUCCUUCGUAUAGUUGAUGCCGUGAAAAAUCAUUCCGAAUAUUUUCAAUGGAAGGUCAAUGCAGCGGGGAAAAAAGGUUUGUCACCACUUCAGAAAUGCACAGCGGCUGUUCGUCAAUUGGCGUAUGGAGCCCCUGCUGAUCAUUAUGAUGAGUAUCUACGGAUUGCUGAAACAACUGCCAUCCAAUGUUUAUUCAACUUUUGUCGAUGUGUAAUUGAAGUGUUUGGGGCCCAAUAUUUAAGAAGACCUAAUGCUGCUGAUAUCCAACACUUGCUUGAAAUGCAUGAGCAGAGACAUGGGUCACGCAAUGAUAUCAAUGUGCUUAAUAAAUCACCGUUAUUCAACGACGUCUUAAAAGGGAAUGCACCCGAGGUUAAUUUCACGAUUAAUAAUACACAAUAUACAAAAGGAUACUAUCUGACCGAUGAGAUCUAUCCAGAAUGGGCUACUUUCGUCAAGAGCUUUCCAUGCCCCCAGGAUCCCAAAAGAAAAAUAUUUAAGGAACGACAGGAGGCUGCGAGAAAGGAUGUCGAGAGGGCAUUUGGGGUGCUCCAAUCACGAUGGGCAAUGAUAAAAGGUCUAGGACGAUUUUGGUACAAUGAUAAUUUGAAGGACAUCAUGUAUACCUGUAUUAUUUUGCACAACAUGAUUAUUGAGAAUGAGGGAGAUGCAGUAGUCAAUUGGUCGGACGAUGAAGGAGAUUCUCAAUCACAAAUAUUUCAAGGCUCCACUCAAGAAUUUCAAGCAUAUAUCCGUAGAAAUUACGAGCUACGUGAUAAUCAACUACAUCAUAAACUUCGAGCCGACUUAGUUGAGUAUAUUUGGGCACGCUAUAAUUGUAAUCAGUGA